GUCGUCGCAAAAGGCGACAACCUCCAGCUGAGCCUUUUCUCUCUUGCAACGUUCAUCUCUGGUGCUGGGACACCUCUCUUCCUCGAGUCCCCCGCUUCGAACGCACCGACGCCUGCUGUAACUCGUCACUCAUUGUAAUUCCGGGACGACUCUCAAGUCUUCAUUCCAAUCUUUUGCCUUUGUACCCGUAUACCUCUCGUUGAAACAUCUACACAACCAUCAAGAUGAUGCCUCCUCGUGCAUACUACUUCAUCGGCUUGAACGCUGUCCGUGCUCUGAGCAUCAUUGCUCUUAUCCUCGUGUUCGCAAGUAGCAUCUUUGUCCUAGUGAACGACAUCCAAGCCGUCAACCGUGCGAUGGCAUCGCCUCAAGACAUGACGAAUUGCGACUACAUCGAUGGCAGCACCGUCCCCAACCAGCCCGCGGGCGUCUUCUGGGCCGUCGUGAACCGCCUCCUCAUCAUCUUCCAAGUCAUCGUCCUCAUCCUCUCCGAGAUCGGCUGGCCCGCCGCCUUCUUCGCGAUGUACUUCCCCGUCCUGGGCCCCGACUUCGGUCUUGGGGCACUCGGGAUCUUUCAGUGCCUCAUCGGCGCCACGAUCCUGUCGCACCACGUCGACGACUUCACCCUCGUUGCCGCCUUCUUCCUCUUCUCGCUCGGGUGCAUCAACAUGUUCCUGGGCCUAUUCCGCGAAAAGGUCAAGCGCAAACGCUCGAUCAUGUCCUGGCGCGAGGAGGCCAAGGGCGUCCUGCCCACGCAUAAAGACCUGCGCCCGCCGUUUGCACGCCCGGCCUCGGCCUUUGUUGGACGCGUGUUUGGUCGUGGGGAGAAGGAGUCGGAUGGCUUUGAAUCGAAGGGGUUGGGUUUCGGACGCCAGGGUGAGAAGGCCGCGGGACUGAAAGGUUUCCUGAUUUCGAAGCCUUUGGAGAGCCUGCCACGAUAUGCCACGCAACCUCCACGUUCCGACCAAGGCUCGCGCGCUGGUACGCCCGAGCCGAUGUUCAAGUCAAGCGCUACUGCCAUUUGAGUCACCUACACACGCAACAUACGACGAUUACGACCGUGGACUUCCUGCAUUUCUGUGGACACUGUAUCAUUAUCGGACCCCAACGCUUGUAGAGCAGCUCGGCUGUAUCAUAGCUGUAUCAUACUAUACCUGUUUUUGUAAUUGUGGACAGCCGUAUAACGCGUGCUGCCAGGUAAUUAACGUGGUGAUAUUUGCGGGUAUCUUAGAACAUGUGCGCGCUUACGACAGUUAGUCCGACAAGUCCAUGUCAUCAUCGUCGGAGUCCAUCUCCAUCUCUGAGCGAUCUGCCUCAUUCGACGUGAAGAGCGUAUUAUUAUGGGACGUAGGCGCUGGAACGUCAGGAGGCAAGGGCGGCGGAGCGGAACUUGGCGGCGGGGGCGGAGGGAGAGGAAGCGACAUUGGUUGCGGACGGGGUUGCGACAUUUCGUUGAAUGCACCGUGCAUCCUCCAAGGCGGCAUAGAUCCUACAAAAGGUCUCGACUGGUCCUGGGGGGACGCGAUCCUCUGCCACAGCGCCUCGCGAUCGGCAGUGUGCGUCUUGUUGACCGCAAGCUGAGAGCGAGGAUUUCCACGGAGCGCAGGUAGACUCUGACCAGUAUAGAUAGGCAGCUUGGACGGGAGGAAGUACGUGUCAGGGUAGGCAGCCCAGCGGGCGGAGGACUCGACGGAGGCUGCAGAAGCUUCGUCCGACUCGUGCUUGUCCGGAGUUGGCGGCAUCCUAGAGCGGGAGUCUGCUUGACCGUCGCCUGACAGUUGACAGAGCUCGGGCUCUCCUUCCGCAAAGAUAUAGAACGAGUCGUCUUCGCUCUCGUCCUCAUCAUCGACUUGGAGUCCCUCUUGUAUGCGCUUCCAGACAUGCUCACGCGGAUCGCGAGGUCCGACCCAUCCUGGCGGAUAGCCCCACAUGGUAAUGAUAGGGAGCCAUGGCACCCUCUCUCCGGGAUCGCCGUCCUCCAAGCCCAGAGCCUCACGGAGUAGCGGGCCUCUGAUCUGCCCGGGUUCGAACUUGUCGAGCCACUCCAGCCGUUCGCGUCGCCACUCCUCCACUUCAUGUACACGCAAUCGCGGGAGGACGGGGCCCUGGCGAAAGAAUUCGAAAUAUUGUCGUGUAAGCGAGACCAGACGGCGGUCGAGUGGUUCCGAGCACUUCGACACGACAUGGCCGGGUUCGCCGCAGUUGAAGCAACGUUGGACGUCCCUGUCAAGCGCUUCGUCUCCAGUGCCGUCACCGAGCACAACGUCUUCAUGGAUGCGAUGGUAGAGGGGUGCAUGAUAGAGCCACUGAUCGACGUACUCCGCGCUCCCGAUCUCUACUCCUGCUUGGUCCACGGUGAAGCCUCCCACGAGUCCAACGCCUGGUUGACCGUCUGCGCGUCCCAGCGUCCCUUCGCUACCUCCUUCCCCUCGAUAUGCAGCGCCGGGAUCCAGUAGACAUACUUCUUCUUCCAGCGCUCCUGGCCCGGGUCCUGGAUGUUGAUCGUGUUGAGCUCGAAGGGCCGCUGCUGCCGGACCUUGGCCAGCUCCGCUUUCGCCGUGUCGCAGAGAGAGCACUGUGGACCAGAGAAGAGGGUGAGGCGUGCGAUCCGACCAAGUCCGCGAGCGGCCAUGAAGCUUGAGAAAGACGGUAGGUCCUCGGUGAACCAGUCUGCCGGGGAAAGCUGGUGGGG